GGGCUUUCCCGUGCGUGGAGCUGUGCUGGCGUGAGGUCCGGCGUGACACGGAAGUUUAGUCAGCCCUAAAAUGUAGUUUGGAGUUGGGAGAGCGAGCCGGAGGGAGGCUCGGGGCUUGCCAUCAAAGGGCCGGCCGGAGGGGGACGGCCAGGCGGGGAGGCAGCGGAGGCGCUUUGUGAAGCCGGGGCCAAGUGGGGAGGCUCUGCGCAGCAUAUGAGGCAUGCAUUUGAUGUUCGCGGAGCGAGUCCGGGGGCGAGGGCUGCCGAGGUUCACGUUCCUCUUUCUUGCACGUUGCGUGUGCGUUUGUGUGUUUUCGGGUUUGUUGGGAUUUUUUUUGUUGGUGUUUUUCUUCCCUGCCCCACACCCCCCCACACACCCCCCCCGCUCUCGUUUCCGCGAUGUCUGUCGGAUCCUGGGUUUGGUGAUCGCGGAGGGGGCGAGAGGGAGGCGAAGAGCACCUCCCCCUCUCCCCCGACCAAAAAAAAAAAAAGAAAAAAAAGCGCCCCGGCCGUAGUAAGCGGUGUAAAACUGACAAAGUGCGGGGACUGGCAUUAAUGGUAUCGCCUCGGAGCUCCUCGCAGCAUUAAUUCCUACUAAUGAAUCUUUUCCAGAAACUCCGUUCAUUGCUUUCAUCUGCUCUUCGGAGCCUGCAGCUUUUGUAUUCGUGUUUGUAUUAAAAAGGGGGGGGGGUGGGGGUAACCCAGCCCGCACCACGUAGCCCCGUAGCAAAGCCCGGAUUUUCCAAAGGUUUCUAUUAACUUUUUUUUUUUUUUUUUUUUUUUUUUCGCCGCCCCCUCCCCGUGGCCCUACCGCGGGGGGCGGCCGGGGGGACCCGUGCCCCACCAGGGCCGCUUGGGAACAAAGCUGGGGGCGAGAGCGGGCGGGCGGUGCGGGGGUCUCGGCCCCUGGGGCAGCGCCCGCACCUCCCGCCGGUGGCUCCGCCGCCGCCCGCGCUUCUCCCGCAGCUUUGUGCUCUCCGCUGCCCGCCGAGCCCCGCGUACCGCUUCCUCCGGCCGCCGCUCUCGCCUACUUUCGUCCCCGAGAGGCUGGUGCUUGCCUGUGUGUCUGGAGCUCGGUGCCGUCGCGCUUGCGACACACCGGUUCAUUUCCUUUCGGUUCUGCUGUCGGAGCCGCUGGGUGUUUUUUUGGUUUUGGGUGUCUUUUUUUUUUUUCCCCUCUUUUUUUUUUUUUUUUUUUUUUUUUUUUUCCCCCGAGAGGUAGUCAGCGCAGCGCUCACCCUAAUUGCUUUUAGGAGGAUUAGGAGAAAAUUCCUCCCCCCCCUUCUUCCCACCGCCUCCCCCCGCCUCCCCGGGUUGCCUUCGCGCGCCGGGGUUGCAGUUUAUCCCUGGUGCAGUUCUUUGAAUUGCUGUCACAAAUAGGUGACUCAGAGUUAAUUAGGAAGUAUGCACCGGAUCAAUGGGCUGCACAGCUCAUUAGUUAUUCCCCAGCCUUUUGCAGCGUUGGACCUCCGGCUCCUCUCCCCGUAUACCUCUUUAAUACGCAACCCGGAGGAGGGCUGGCAGGGACGAGGGAGCACUUCGGGUGAGGGGGGCCGGGUGCGAGGGGCCGGGUGUGAAGGGGCGUGAUGAAUACGGACAUUGAAGUUUCCAGGUUGGGAGGUUGCGUGUGGACGAGCGGCCGGGUCCCCUCUUGCUUCCCCCCCCCCGCCCCCCAACCCCUCCCGCACCAGCUAUCAAACCUGCCUCCCCGCACGGGCGUGGUGGGCCCUCGCCCGCCCUGAGGUCGGAGGGACGAGUCCGGAAUGUUACCAAAAACAAACAGGCACCAAAAAAAAAAAAAAAAAAAAAAAAAAGUGUGUGUUUAUUGGAGCGUACGCUGAGAGAGCAGACAAAAUCUCAUUUGUCAGGCAUGAAGGUGGGCUGUGUGGAAGGCUAUAAAUAUACCGGGGAGGAUUGUAUCGCGGUCACUUUUCUGUUCUUCGCCAUUUCUAAGAAUAUAAAACCGUGAAGAAAAGCGGCGAUUUUUAAGAAGACGUCAUGCUUUCUGCAACUCCCCUGUAUGGCAACGUUCAUAGCUGGAUGAGCAAUGAAAGGGUCCGCAUGUGUGGAAUUAAUGAAGACAGGAAAAUUCCCGUUAACGAUGGCGAUGCACCGAAAAGCAGACUGGAGUUGAGGGAAGAAAAUCACCUGAACCACAGUGUGGUGGAUGCGACUACAGCCCAUCGCAUUGACAGUCUCGCAGCUCUGAGUAUGGACAGGUCUGGACUCAUGCGAGAAGGACUCAGAGUCCCCAGUAGUAUUGUCUAUUCCAGCUUGUGCGGACUCGGCUCGGAAAAAUCACGGGAUGCUACGAGUUCGAUAGCCGGGCUUGGAUUUACUCCUGAAAGAAAUCCAGAGAUACAGUUUAAGUCUAAUCCCCCUGAAGCGGUAGAAAACGCAGCUGUGUCUGGAAAAGCCCCGAACGGCUUCAGCGCUCUAUACAAAACGCCACCUGGAAUACAAAAAAACUCUGUCCCGACGGGGGAGACGCUGGGUUUGGACCGAGCUGCGGGUGACAAGCAGAGUCCCCUCGGUGUCAAUGGUGCUAGUUACCUAAGGCUCCCCUGGGUAAAUCCCUAUAUGGAGGGCGCAACGCCCACCAUAUACCCUUUCCUUGACUCACCAAAUAAGUAUUCGUUGAACAUGUACAAGGCAUUGCUACCUCAGCAGUCCACCUACAGCUUACCACAGCACCUGGCUUACUCGCCCGUAUGUACGAAUGGUGAACGUUUUUUAUACCUGCCUCCCUCCCACUACGUUGCCCCCCACAUCCCUUCGUCGCUGGCGUCGCCCAUGAGGCUCUCGACUGCUUCGGCUUCACCGGCGAUCCCACCUUUGGUGCACUGUCCGGACAAGAGCUUGUCGUGGAAGAUGGGCGUCAACCCCGGCAACCCCGUCGACGCGCACGCCUACCCCCACAUCCAGAGCAGCAAGCAGCCCCGGGUCCCCGCUGCCAAGCCGGCCCCCGCCAACAUGCCGGCGGACCCCGCGCUCCUCCUGCCGCACUCGCCCCGGCCGUCCCCCCGCCUCCCCCUGCCCGCCCAGGUUGGGGACGCCUACGCUGAUUUCCACAAACACUUCCCCAGGAUUACCACCUCUCCCUCCUCCGCCGUUACCCUUCCGAAGCCCUACGUGAACGUCGGCGGCGAGUUUCCACCCUCCCGCCUCUCCAAUGGGAAGCUUCCCAAAGGCAGCGAUGCUGGGGAGGCACCACCACCGGCCGCCCCCCACGCGCGGAAAGCUGGCCACGACCGGAAAGACAGCAGGUCCCCCCCGCUCCUGGAAAAGCAGACCCCGACCAAAGAUGUCACGGACAAACCGCUGGACUUGUCGGCGAAAGUCGUCGACGCAGAGACGGCCGGCAAGUCGGACCACGGUAAGAAAAUGAUGCCGACGGUGCUGGUGCAUGGCAGGGCGGGAGGGGGAACGCACUUGCCUGGCAGCGACAUCGUUCAGAAAGAAACCAUUUCUCCUGGGAACGGCUGCCCCAUCUACAGGCCUGAAAUUAUCAGCACGGCGCCAUCCUCCUGGAUCGUUCCCGGUCCCAGCCCCGGCGAGGAGGGCGGGAAGAGCAUCCAGCUGAAAAACAAGGCGCUGGACUGGGUGAUCCCGCAGCAGCGGAGCUCCUCCUGCCCCAGGAUGGGCGGCACGGAGGCGGUCGUCGGCAGCGUUUCGGGGACGGUGUCGGCGGGGGGGCGGCCGGCGUCGGCGUCGCCGGCUCCCAACGCCAAUGUGGAUUGCGCCAAGACAGCCAGGAGCUCCGCGGAGAGCACCCCCUCGGUCAUACAACACGUCGGGCAGCCCGUCGCCACCGCUGCAAAACACAGCAAUAAGGUGGCCAAGUCCUGCGGCCAGGAAGCCAACUUCAAGGCGACCGAGACCGCCUUGGCUUCCAGCCCCAUCUUCCUGCCGCCCAAUGAGGCAUUUCGCUCCCCGCCUCUGCCCUACCCCAGGAGUUACCUCCCGUACCCGGUGCCGGAGGGGAUAGCGAUCAGCCCCCUCUCCAUCCACGGGAAAGGACAUGUGUACCCGCACCCCGUCUUGCUGCCCAACGGCAGCCUCUACCCUGGCCACCUGGCCCCCAAACCGGGCCUCCCCUACAGCCUGCCGGCGGGGCGGGGGGAGUUCAUGACCUACCAGGACGCGCUGGGGAUGGGGAUGGUGCACCCCAUGCUGCUGCAGCAUUCGGCUUUGGAGAUCAAUAAGGAGGAGAAGGUGGAGAGGAGGUCGCGGUCUCACGAGAGGGUCCGCUACGAGGACCCGGCGCUGCGGGGCCGGUUGCCAGAGCUCCUGGAGAGCAGCGGGAAGAUGCAUUUCGAAGUACCCGGCGACAAGAGCGUGAAACUGCACCAGAGCUCUGGCCAUGGGAAAAACUCGGCCAAAAGCGACAAACACCUCUUCCCGGAUCUUCUGCGAGACGAGCAAGAGGCUAAAAGCGAAGCAAACGUAACGAAAGCCAGCUUUGCUACGGAAAACAGUAAUCAGGCUAAUGACCCUACAAAGCACAAGGUAGAGCAGGCGUCGCAGCACAGAGAUUUUAUUGUAAUGAGAGAGGAGUUUGGAAGAAAUAAUGAUCUUCAUGAAACCUAUAAUUUCAAGCAAGCCCAGAGUUCAUCGGUUUUCGGCUUAAGGAAAGAAGAGUUAUCUGUGAGCCAGCCCAAAGAGAGAGUGACGGUCCAGCCUUCGCCCGCUUUCUUGGAAAGUGCUCACGAGAGCGACGCUCCGGCUCUGGCUUUUGGCAAGGUGCAGGAGGACGCGAAACCAUUCUGCAUGGGGACCGCGCCACCGAGCAUCGACGCCAGCCAGGCCUAUGCCAAAGACGGAGCCGACGACGCGGAAUCUGCCGAUGGCAAAAUAUUGAAACCCAAGCCGUCUAAGUUAGCCAAGAGGAUCGCGAACUCGGCCGGUUACGUAGGUGAUCGAUUCAAGUGCGUGACGACCGAACUGUACGCAGACUCCAGCCAGCUCAGCCGGGAGCAGCGGGCGUUGCAGAUGGAAGGAUUACAAGAGGACAGUAUUUUAUGUCUACCUGCUGCUUACUGUGAGCGUGCAAUGAUGCGCUUCUCAGAGUUGGAGAUGAAAGAGAGAGAAGGCCAAACAGCUACCAAAGACUCAGAGGUCUGCAGAUUCAGCCAGGCAGACUGGGAAAACUUGAAAGGAAACAGUGAAAAGAAGCCAAAGUCUGUCGCUCUGGACGAUGCCAUUGCUGACCAAAAUGACAAUGACAGAUGUAACUUUACUAGUACAGAAAACAACCAAGGUCACUUUCUUGAAACUCCAGAGGAAAAAGAUCUCUCAAAUGAGAAAUGUUAUUUAGAGAGACAUUCUAUAUAUGAAAAAGCGGAAGACCAGCCAACAGAAGAUAUUGGCCAACAUCCAUGUCCACGUCUGGACAGGAAGCGUAAACACUCUGGUGAGAGAGUGCAAAAUGAUGGCAGCCAAAAUGAAAGCUUUGUGGAUGAACUGCAGGACGAACUUAUAUCUAAAGCAAAAAAGAAGAAGAACUCCAAAGAUGACUGGCCUGAGAGGGAAAUGACAAACAAUUCCUCUAACCACUUAGAAGAGCCCAAUUGUAAUGAGGUGACCAACCUGAAGGUGUGCAUUGAAUUAACAGGGCUCCAUCCCAAAAAGCAGCGUCACCUGCAGCAUCUUAGGGAACUAUGGGAGCAGCAGGUGUCACCAGAGAGAUCCCCGUCCGGCAAGUUGGGCCGGCAAAGCAGGAAAGAUUUAGCUGAGGCUGUUCAGCCAGAGGCCACUGCAAAGGUCAAAGACUUCACAGAAGAAAGGCACACCAAGAAAAGGUCAGAGGCCAAAAGCAAUAGAAGUUGGUCUGAAGAGUCCCUCAAAACAAGUGACAAUGAACAAGGCUUGCCCGUAUUCCCAGUGUCUCCGCACAUGAAGAGCCUUUCAUCCACCAAUGCAAACAGCAAAAGGCAGGCUCAGCCAAGCUGUACUCCAGCCUCGAGGUUGGCUGCCAAACAGCAGAAAAUUAAAGAAAGCCGGAAGACAGAUGGGCUGUACACAGACGAAGAGGAGGAUUUCCAACAUGCAUCUUUGCUGCAGAAAUACAGCGAGUGUGAGAAGCCAUCAGGGAAACGUCAGUGUAAAACAAAACACUUGGCACUGCAGGAGAGGAGAAGGAGGUCAUCUCUGACAGGGGAUGACACCACAGAUAUCGAAAAUGCUGAAGAUAAGGUCACGGUAACGAGGAAAGUCAGGAAGCGACCGGAGCCUACUUCAGACUGCGACUCCUCGCCAGCCAAGUUGUACGAGCAGAAGCUGUACGACCGCCUGCAGCAGACUCCCUCAUUGCUACCCGUCUCACAGCCCUCGCAGCUGCCGAUCGCCAGCCCCCCUCAGGAGACCACCCCGAGCCGGCCCAUGCCGCCCGAAGCGCGGAGGCUUAUUGUCAAUAAGAACGCGGGGGAAACGCUGCUGCAGCGGGCGGCACGCCUGGGGUACGAGGAAGUGGUUCUGUAUUGUUUGGAAAACAAGGUGUGUGAUGUGAAUCAUCGUGACAACGCGGGUUACUGUGCCCUGCACGAGGCCUGCGCCAGAGGCUGGCUGAGCAUCGUGCGGCAUCUCCUCGAGUACGGGGCUGACGUCAACUGCAGUGCCCAGGAUGGAACCAGACCAAUCCAUGAUGCGGUUGAAAACGAUCACUUGGAAAUUGUCCGACUGUUGCUGUCUUACGGUGCUGAUCCAACGCUUGCGACCUACUCUGGGAGGACCAUUGUGAAAAUGACCCACAGCGAGCUCAUGGAGACCUUCCUCACAGAGUAUUUAACUGACCUGCAAGGUCGAAGUGUUGAUGACCCUGGUUUGUACUGGGAUUUCUAUGGCAGCUCUGUGUGCGAACCAAAAGAUGAAUCUGGAUUUGACAUCUUGGCAAACCCUCCUGGCCCAGGUGAUGAAGAUGAAGAUGGCUUUAGUGAUGUGUUUGAAUUUGAAUUUUCAGAUGAGCCUCCCUUGCCCUGUUACAACAUUCAAGUGUGUCUCUCUCAGGGCCCACGAAACUGGCUUUUGCUCUCGGACGUGGUGAAGAGGCUAAAAAUGUCAUCUCGCAUCUUUCGCUGCAACUUCCCCAAUCUGGAAGUUGUGACCAUCACGGAGGCAGAGUUUUACAAACAGACUUCCCUCAGCCAGUUGUUCUCUUGUGCCACGGACCUUGAAGCUUUUAACCCAGAGAGCAAAGAGCUGUUGGACUUGGUAGAGUUUACAAGUGAACUCAAGACUUUGCUCGGCUCCUCGCUUCACUGGUUGCAUCCGCACGAGGACCCUCCCUUCGACAUCCUCUGGUGAACCAUCAGGCCGUUUAAUGUACAGUGCUCUAUACAGUUACUUCUUUAUGUAUAUGUGUUCAAAUGCAAUUGUUUCUGUAAAGAAAGGACACUAUUAAAUAUGAAAAUAUCUUUCCUUUAUAUAAGAGAUCUGAAUUCCAGUUGGAUGGAUUUUGGAAGAAUUUUUUUUUUAACUUCAAUCAGUUUUUACAAAAUUGUUAUAUAAUGUUUCUUUAAAUGCACACAGGCUUUGGGAUAAGUUUGUUAUUACUCGGAACACAUUUUUUUUUUAAAGAACACACCCACACAUUGACUUUGUUUCAUACAAAGCACUGAUUACACAGAACAUACUUUUUCUAGGUGAUGUGAUCAAAGUCAUGUGGCUUGUUUGGGAGAUAGAAUUCAGUAAGGCACUUGGUGAUAUUAUUUUUGUUUUUUUGUUUACAGAAUUACCUGCUUUGGCCAGGUAAGCACUAUUGAAUAUAAUUCAAUAGUUUGUAAUAUAAAUUAAACCAUAUCCAUACGCAUCAACUAAUUGUAAGAACUUUUAUAUCCUAAUUUAAAAGCUGUGAAAUUUAGUUUUCACACAUCAAACCGGAUUGUUUAUAUAUGUUUAAACAUUUUAUGCUCUUUAUUUAAAGAAGACUUUGAACUAUUUUUUCUGUACCUUGUAAAAUAUUGAAAAACUAACAUAUGUUGAAGUUGCUUGAAACUGUACAUAAACUAAAUUUUCUGAAUUGUGUGUUUAUGUUUGAGAUCUGUGUUUUAACUUUGUAAGUAAAUCUCCUGCCUUUGUAUUUAUAUUUUACAAAAAUUUUCUUAAAGGCAAUAAAACUGUUGAGAAAUGAA